UCCUCCUCCCUCCCGCGCUGUCUCCCGCUGAUGCACCGCGCAGCCCGGAGAUGCUGCUGCUGAUGCUGGUGACCGACUGCAGCAUCCGACAUGGGCAUCCUUUAAUCCGGCCGUGGCACAAUAUCUGUCUCUCUCACCCUGUGGGGAACAACUAAGAUGGCUUUCCACUAAACAAGAGACGAGAGGUUGCAUAAUACGGACGCAGCAAGACAAAACCACGGCACGACCUUUUUUGAAUCCACCAUCAUUUGGAUAACUCUUCUUCCUCAGUGCUGCACAUUGUUUUCACAAGAAAACAGUAGAAGUACCAAAGAGACAACUUCACACUCUUCCUUGUGAAAUCCUUCCCUUUGACUCUGACCCUUGACCUUUAGCUCUCAGUAUGACCAGUCUGGUUGGGAAGCUAGACCCUCGGAGGGUACAAUGGCGCUCCACGUGGAACACCUUUACGUCCCGUGUCCUGAGGACCAAACCUGUGGAGUCCAUGUUGGAUUCGGCCAUGACGGGCACCAGCUCGCAUGGGACCAGACUGGCCCGGGUCCUAUCCACAGUGGACCUGGUGUCGCUGGGCGUCGGCAGCUGCGUCGGGACGGGGAUGUAUGUGGUCUCGGGGCUGGUCGCAAAGGAGAUGGCUGGUCCGGGGGUCAUUGUGUCCUUCAUUAUUGCUGCUGUGGCCUCCAUACUAUCAGGAGUGUGCUAUGCAGAGUUCGGCGUGCGGGUGCCCAAGACCACAGGUUCAGCCUACACGUACAGCUACGUGACCGUGGGCGAGUGCGUGGCUUUUUUCAUCGGCUGGAACUUAAUUCUGGAGUAUCUGAUCGGCACGGCGGCGGGGGCGUCGGCUCUCAGCAGCAUGGCGGACUCACUGGCCAAUCACAGCAUCAGCAACUUCAUGAUUACACACAUCGGAACGCUCAAUGGUUUGGGUAAAGGGGAGCAGUCGUACCCGGACCUGCUGGCGCUGCUGAUAGCGCUGCUGGUGACAGUGAUAGUUGCUUUGGGAGUGAAGAACUCUGUGGGAUUCAACAACGUGCUGAACGUCAUCAAUCUCAUAGUGUGGGUGUUCAUGAUGAUCGCCGGGCUGUUCUUCGUCAACGGAGAGAACUGGGACGAGGGGAGGUUCCUGCCCUUCGGCUGGUCAGGGGUGAUGCAGGGUGCAGCCACCUGUUUCUAUGCCUUUAUUGGAUUUGACAUCAUCGCUACAACAGGAGAGGAGGCCAAGAGUCCCAACACCUCCAUCCCCUAUGCCAUCACUGCCUCACUCAUCACCUGCCUCACUGCCUACGUCUCUGUUUCUGUGAUCCUGACUCUGAUGGUGCCGUACAAUGAGAUUGACGCAGACGCCCCGCUCAUGGAGAUGUUUGCCGUGCACGGCUGUAUGUUCGCAAAGUAUAUCGUGGCCGUGGGCUCCAUAGCCGGACUCACAGUCUCCCUCCUGGGCUCUCUGUUCCCCAUGCCCAGGGUCAUCUACGCCAUGGCGGGUGACGGCCUGCUGUUUAAGUUCCUGGCCAGUGUGUCUUCCUACACAGAGACCCCUGCUGUUGCCUGUGUGGUGUCAGGCUUCCUGGCUGCCCUGCUGUCCCUCCUGGUCAGCCUCAGAGACCUCAUAGAGAUGAUGUCUAUAGGAACCCUGCUGGCCUACACCCUGGUCAGCCUGUGUGUGCUCCUGCUGCGUUACCAACCUGAAGGCGACAUCCACGGCUUCGUGAACUUCCUCUCUGAGGAACAGAACAACAAGAGGAAGGAAGGCGUUCUGGCUGAGUGUGAGAAAGACGCCUGCUCGCCAACCAGUGAAGCAGAUGAGUACGGAGGUCCGGCCACUAACACCUGCGGAGCCAAAAACCUGCCGUCACUGGGCGACAACGAGAUGCUGAUUGGCAAACCGGAUAAAACCGCCUACACGGCCAGCCACCCAAACUACGGCACCGUGGAUAUGACCACUGGCAUUGAAGCAGAGGAGACAGAGGGCGGGUUGUCCCGGCGGCUGAAGAAGCUGAUUGGGCCGCGCUACUACACCUUGAGGAUCCGACUGGGCCUCCCGGGGAAGAUGGACAGGCCGACUCCAGCCACGGGGAAAACUGUGACUGUGUGUGUGCUGCUGCUCUUCAUUUCCAUCUUCGCUUUCUGCUCUUUCAUCAUUUUUGGAGCGAGCAGCAUCACGGAGGGUCGCUGGUGGGCUUUGCUGCUGUUAAUCUUCUUCAUCAUCUUCCUCGCCCUGCUCGUCAUCAUCAUCCUCCAGCAGCCAGAGAACCCUAAGCGGCUGCCCUACAUGGCGCCCUGUGUGCCCUGGGUCCCUGCUUCAGCCAUGCUGGUCAACAUCUACCUCAUGCUUAAACUGUCUGCCAUCACCUGGAUACGCUUUUCAAUCUGGUGCAUCGUUGGUGUGCUCAUCUACUUUGGCUAUGGCAUGUGGAACAGCACGCUGGAGAUCACCGCCAGAGAAAACGAGGUGCACGCCUCCACCUACCAGCGCUACGAUCAAGGUGUGGACGAAGGCUUCUGUGGCUUCGACGAUGAUUUCUACCCGCCUACCACUGACUCCUGGGGUGCACCCGAGGGGGGCUCAGGGCUCACCCCGCCCCCUGAGGCGAAAUCCGAAAGUGACGGGGCGCCGCCCAAAAGCGGAGGCAGGACCAUUGCCAAUCACGGCCUCGCUGAGGAGGAUCCCAUGGAUUUCUGAAGGGACUGACUCUGUGUUACCCUGAAUGUACUGCCUUGUCUGCUGCCUGGGGAAAGGGAGGGGAACAGUAGUGUGAGUGCAUGGAUGACUGUGAGUGUGCGUGCGUGAGCGUGUGCAUGCCUGCAUGUGUGUGUGUAUUUGUUAGUGUGUCUAACCCUUGGGCUAGAUAGUUUCUUGGCAGUGGAGCGGCUUUUCAUUCACCUUACUUUGCCACGCUUGGCUCUCCAGCUCACACAGCAAAUGAGGACGUCAAGGUCAAGUGUCUUGUCACUUGUUAUUCACUUACUGGAGUCCGCAUCCCACACAAACCACCGGCAGAUAGAAAAGUGCGGACGUAGCAGAAGAUAAAAUAUAAUGUGGUUCACUGCACUGUGAAACAUUGUUUAUUGAGCAGUCCGUUAACGGUAUAUCUUAGAGUUUACGGGACAUAGGAGAGGACAAGGUGAUAAGCAAGGGACAGAUGAAUCAGCACCUCUCUUCCUGUUUCAACACAGACAGACAGGAAAGUUAGAUGACAGCAUGCCAUGACCAAGAGAUUUCCCCUGUACAGGUGUGACUUUUGCUCAUUUCCUUUUCUGCAGACAGGAAAACGGCUACAUAUGUUCCCAAAAAUCCCCACAAAAACUUGCUUAAAAAUCAUAAAACUGCUUUCUGUCUGUCUUUACCAUUUCCCCUGACCCCUAACAUCUAGCCCAAGGGAUUCAGGCCUGGACUGGGAAGAGGGUGUUGAUGUUUUCUGUCACAAAUAGUACUUGGACUUUGCUUGCAAUAGUGCCUUCAUCUACUGUAUGUGUAUGUGAGUUUCUGACCUGAUUAUGUCUGUUUUAUACUUUAAUUUUGCCUGUGUAUGUGUGAGGGUGUAUGUGCAAUCAAACUCCACCUUUUGCAUCGAUUCUCAUGUCUGUGUGUGUGUGUAGAUAUAAAGUGUGUUCUUCAGGUUGUUUUACUGUGUACGUGUAGGUAUUUGUUUCGUUUUUGUUACUCUUUGCCCCCAGCAUGAAGCUCAAAAUCAAUCCGCCCGCAACAAAGCAGCUCAUGGUGCAAUGUAACACAUACUCAUCAGCUCGUCGGCGUUCCUAAAAACAGGGGAGAGGAGACGGUGUAACAGAGAGAGAACAGGUUGAAUCCUAAUUGACAGCCUGCACAGUUUAUUGUGAUGGAUGUCAUAUUUCCUGCGUGCUUGUUCCUCUGGUGAUGCAGUUCUUGCUGUCUUAGCAGAGCUUAGGAGGAAUUAAUUUUCAGUUCAUUCAAUUCAGGGAAUGGAUUUUCUGCAUAGUUUGUAUCUUUUCUCACAGAAAAGAAAACAGUUAUGGGACUGUGCAAAAAUAAUUUUGAGAGAGAGAUGGGGAGGUCAGAAUAGGGGAGAAUUUACUUUUUUUCCGUUUUCUUGCUUAUGUUUGGGUAUUUUGACUUUGGGGGCAAACAGGUGAGGGAAUUUGAGUCGUACUUAUAUUGGCCUUGUCUGAGGCUACAUCCACACGACUAGAUUUUGUUUAAAAAUGAAAAUGAUCUCUACCUAGCUUGCCUAAAAUGCAGGAUUUCACUGCACAACAGCUGCUAGCAUAGACAACAAGGUCAGAAACGGCUAUCAUUUGUUAUCCAUGUUGAGUCAACCACUGAUAGUCAAGGCCGAUGUUGUGCAUGUGUGAUGUGUGACGAAGCACAGGAGGACAUUUUGUGAUUUGUAAGCCCUAAUCAGGAAGAGAACGUUGGUGUCAGACUCAGACAGUUUUAUUGUCAUUGAAACCACAGCAUAGAAGAAUGAAAUAUAGUUUUCAGGUCUCAGUUUACGUUACUAGGAUUCAAAUAUAUAAAUAUAUAGAUACAAAUAUAUAAAUGUCAGUACCUAAAUAAAUAAAACUAAAAUAGAAUAAAAUAAAGACUAGAUUUGCACAACGUAUGGCAGGUGUAAACAUAGCAAUGUUCAAAAAUACAAGAGUGCAGCAAAACAUAGCAUAGCAGCAGCUGGUAAAGUGACAUGAUCAAAUCUCCUUUUCUGCCCUUCCAGACUGAAAUGCAACCUGCAGUUUUCAAACUAAAACACUGUCGGCAGCAUUUUAAAAUAUUUCCGUUUUAGGAGUUCAGAAACACAGGAGUAGUGUGGACAAUAGUGGUAAAAAAACAAAAAAAAUUAGAGUGGAUGUAGACUAAAUUUAAGCGGAAGAUCCAAAUAAAUAUUAAUAUUAGUAAUGCUGUGGCAGGUCUUGCUAUUUUUUUUUAAAGUCCCUCCCCAACAAAUAUUUUUUGUACAGUCCCUAACACAGAAGGGUUGCAUUGAAAACUAGUUUUACUGACAGUGUGCGUUGAGUGAACUGAAAUAUAAUCCCUCCUAUUCCCUCUCUCCCCCUCUCUUUCAUUUUUAAAUCUUAUCCUUCCUUCUCCACAUUUUUUAUCCUCUACUUCCACCACUGCUUUGCACUUCCAGCCUGACUCUUCCUCCAUCUACUUCCCACUUCGCCCCGCUCUUGAUCUCAUCCAGCCAUGGCAGCAGGGGAGUUGCCACUCUAAGUCACAAGUGAUAGAGCCAGGAUUGGUUUUCAGCGAUGUGUUCGUGGCCUAUCUCUGAUACAUUAGCUCCAGUUUCACCUCAGGGUGUCUGCUAUCUCUCGUCUGAUUUGUCACUGGAGCGUUUACUUCUCUCCCUGUGGUCCUGCUCCGAUACUGGCCCACACUAGUCUGAAUGAGCCUCCCUGUUGUCUGAACCUCUUCAUGUAGCUAGUGUUGAAGUCCCACUCUUCACAUGUUACCUACACUGCUGCUGCACCCCGAAGAGAUAUUGUGAAAAUCAAUCAAAUCAAAUCAUGGUCCUACAGAGCUCAGUGUGUAGGCCAUGUAAGCUAAUGCUGCCAGGGUUCGGGGUUUGAGUCUAUACUUGAAAUGUAUGCACUCGUGGCACUGUAAGGGAUUGUGGCGUACACCAAAUAGCAUACUGUUAUGUUAUUAUGUUGAGGGUGGGGGCACUUCUACAAUAGCUGCUGCUGUGUGCCCUGAUUGUGUGUCUUUUCCUCUUGCCCCCUGUUGCUGCAUCUGUCCCUUCCAGGGAAGCCUUAUUUGUCUAAUGCACUAAAUCUAAGGAUGCCACGCUAACCCCCCACCCUACCUCUGCUCCUCCCACAUCUAUCACUCCAAAAAAAACCCCUUUGUAUAGUAAUAGGCCCCUCAGUGUCGUCCAGUUAUUGUGAUACCUGUCCCAAAAAACAGCCCACUAUUCCGAGGAAUUGCGCUCAUAUUGGACGAUUCUGCAGCUUGCUAAUGCAGGAAGUAAGGUGUUGUUUCUGUAGUGUAGUGGAACAUAAGGAUGCUGAGGUUGUGGAGGUGGACUGAUGGGGCUCUUCCAACUGUCAUGCAGUGACUGGAGUGCCCAUCAACUGAGGUCAUGUCUCAUGAAUCUUUCACAACCAAUAGGUGGUAUAAUGACUUGGAGGAAGUUUAUAUUCUACGAUAGAAAGUUGCACAUUGUUUAUGUUUUACAAGCUAAAUCCAGUAUUCCAGUAAACUAUAUUUAUAUUUGUUUUGGCCAACAGAAAAGAUGUAAAUAAUGAGGUCAGUAUUUAAUGUAGGGAGCUUGAUGUAGCAACAGACAUUAUAAAAAGUUUAUAGUAAAAAUUAUAGUAUAGAAAAUAUAAGAAAAGUAUAAUUACCGUGUCCAUGAUCUCUGACAGAAGCCCUGAGAGGCAAGUGAGGAAAAAACUUGUGAUCCAUUUUCUAAUAUGUGAAUCUAAUCUGGGAAAUAUGUGCUUUGCCAGGAUAAACUUUCUUAGUUUCUUAAUUUUUUUUUAUCAGUGAAACCGGUUAGGGGUUAAAGUCUUACUGGGUGAUUCUCUUUCUGUUUUUUUCUCACUUUAUUUUUUUGGCCAGGAUUAUUUUUCUAAGUUUUUUUGAGUAAAAUGAUCCUGGACCAAAAAGAGGUCCACCUGUUUUACAGAUUUUACCUUUUCUUUUUUAUUAUUUAUAUAAAAUAUUGAUUUGCCUGUUCUUAAGUAUUAACACAGGAGCAAAAACUAUUUUGAUAAAACCUAGAAAAAGCUCACCAGAUUUUUUUCUCACUACCCUUUCAGGGCCUCUGCAUGUUUCCUAUUCUAAGUCAUGUAAUUUAGUAGCCUAACUUUAACCAUAGUUAAUUUAGUCAAUUCACAUGGAGGGAUAAGGAAUUGUUAUGUGAAUUUAGAAUAUGUAUGGCACAAGGUAAAUCCAGAUGAUAAUAACCAAAACCGUAAUAUGAUUAUUAACCCCACUGCAGUGGCUUUGCAUGGGUGUUGUAGAAAUAGAUAUUUUUGUAAAUUGAUGUCGUUGAAUGUAGCCUUGAAGAGGUUUUGCAGAAUUGUCCAAUAUCAACGUUCUGUCUGGUGAUGGGGUUGGAAAAAACAGCACAUCCUAAAACAUUCUGCACACUAUAUCACACACCCAUCCAAACAUAUAUUCCACUUUUUCACUCUUCAGCCAAAAUACCACCAACUCCCGACUCAGCCAAAAAGAAUCCAGCCGUUUUGCAUUCAUAGCUCAGCCAAAACAAGACGGCAAAUCCAGGCGCUGCCAUGCCUCUGACACUGAACUGUACAGUCAACUUAUUAUAUAAUCUGCUCUGUGCGUGUGUAUGCAUAUGAGUGCGUGAGUGCAUGUAUAGUAUGUGUGUACGUGUGUUUGUGGUUUAUGCCUGCGCCUCAAUGUGACCGUCUGGUGAAUGUGUAGCAUGCUCUCAUGCACGAGGCCCAGACUGUAAAUGUUGUACUUGCAUGUGGUGACUGAUCGCUACGAGACAUAAUAGAACACUAAACCAAACCAAACGCAGGCUUAGUUCUUAUACCUGGGAACGCUGGCCUCUGCGCUCUGAGAGGAUUUAACAGAUGUAUUACAACCAAAUCAGCUUCAAAAACAUCAUUGUUCAGAAUCCUUACCAGCGAAUUGAACCGAGAGCUAUUAUAUUCGGUAAAGAUUGCUAUCAUUUUUAUUUAGAUUCAAACCCAAACCUUUCUUAACAACUGAAUAUUAUGUUAAAAGCGAAUUCUUUGAGCCGAAAGAAGAUUAAUCUCUCCUUUAUUUCUCAGCUCGUACGGUAAUCUCACCCAGGUAUGGGAACCAGGGCUCCGUUUGAAAAUAGAACAUGUAGCAAACACACAGGUGUGGGGAUGACUCCUCUCUCAUCCUCCCUCAAACACUUACAGUAUGCCUACUUCCUGUAUAUCCCUUUUUGCAACCACAACCUCUGCAAGCCAAAGUCCACAAUGUUUGUUUACUUUUCACAUACAGGAGACUGUAGUUUCUUCAGAGUGAACACUUAUAGAUACAACAGAGCUAACCUUUUUUCUUGGGGGUGGGGGGUGGGGGUGCUAAUAAGCUACUAAUGUCAGUUUAACACGGUGACAACAGUGCAAUGAUCAUUUUUAAAAUCCUAGUUGCUAAGUAUUUCAUUGAAAGUAUUAGUCUAGACAGCGAUGGCUACGGCGGAUGGGUUUGUCCAACACUGAAGGAGAAAAGAAAAGUAUUUUUCUACAGCUGUCUCCCGUCCACAGGUCCUCCUCGGGUUAGGUGUGCACAAAAGAGCCGGGUGGAGUUAUCAGCCUUCACUUUCUGUGUUUUUAUUUAAUCACAAGAAGGCCUGGGAGAAACUGCUAAAAUAUAUUUUUAACAACCGUAGUCUCUUGAACGAUAACGCUCAUUUAUAAACCUUAAUCCUUUCCUUUAAAGGAUUUCGAAAUGGUUGCUCUUGACGUCAAUAGGACUGUAGAAGGUUUAGGAGUACUAAAGAAAACAUGCAGAGACUAUUUUAAUACAAUUCUAUAAAGGGUAAAACUACAAGCAUAAUCAAAUAUUGCCACUAUUGCUUUUAAAGUCAGCUACUAUUUGUUUAUUUUGUCUCGGAGAAGGCGUGCCAUGUUCUUCCUGUGCUCUGUGUUCGCUGUGGCCACGUGUCCAGUCAGUGUGUGUCGGACUUGUUGAGAUUGGCUUCUCUCGCAAACAAACUAGAUAUUCCUUUUCUCUUCUGUAUAUUUUGGCACAAAGCUGUAUAAUGUAGUUGUUUUUUAUGUUGAUUUUUUUAAUGGUUUCUUCCAUAUGUGUGGUUAUUUUGCUCCUGGGUGCACUGUUUUUUGCUGAGUUGUUGAUAUUGCUUCCAUGCAACAAUGAAAGCUAUUUAUUGCAAAUACUAAAAAGAGGUUUCUCAUUUUU